AUGCAGUCGGAGAAGGACGACCUGGCCGGGGAUGCCCGAGACCCUGGCGUCGUGAAAUCCUCCGAGGACCUAAAGGUCGCCUUGCAUGCAAUCUUACCCCGGAAUGAGUACUUCCUGGAUUAUAUGGCUGUGACAGCUAAGGGAAUAGAUGCCUUGGCGCAGCGUCUGUCCGAGACUGAUAGGCAGGAGGCCGACUCGGAGGACGAUCUAUAUGAGGCUCGCGAGGCAGCUAUUCACGACCAAGCGUUUGCAGCUGUCGGUCAAGCACGAGCUGCGUUCCGUAAGCUCGACGUUCCAUUUUUCCCUCCUCCGGGUUUUGUGUCAGAAAUGUAUCGACCAGAAGAGAUUAUGAAGCGCGUAGAGGGCCAACGGAAAGCCAUUGAAGACGCCAAACUGGAGAAGGAAAGGGCCAGGAACCUGCGUCUCCAGCGGAAGCUGAGCAAACAACUUAAGCACGAGAAGAACCGAUCGAAGAUUCAAUCUGAAAAGGCACAGAAGGAAGUAAUUAGAAGGUGGAAGGAGGAGCGCAUUCAGCUUAAGAAGCAAGGUAUCGCAGAGGAUAAUCUGCCAAGCCUAGAGGAUGUGGAGAAGAAAUAUGUCAGCGAACGACGGCGAAGGCGGAUUGGAAAGAACAUAAAGUAUAGCGGGCGCAAAGACUUCAACAGGAAGUACUCCGAGCGUAAGAAGAACGAUCCUAUAACCCUUGAUAAGGAUACUUUUGUCUAUAGGCAAUUCAGUCAUCUUCGCAAGGAUGACAGCGGCGCAGGGAGAAUAAAUAAGUAUAAGGCCUCGGCAACGUCGAAAGAAAAGGUUACUGGGGGAGGGAAGUUCAAACGCUAA